UAUUUUUAGGAUAUUUGUUUUGGACGUCAUUCACUGGCUGCCACUGCAAAUAUUUUAUUGGAGAGAGAGAGAGAAUGGGAUUAGCCUCCGCCGGAGCGCAGUUGAUUUCCCUUCCACCAACGGGGAGCAGUAGCUGCCGCCGCCGCAUCGGGACGCCAUUUCAACUACCUUACUUCCGAUUUACUUCUCCUCUCCCUUUUAGGAAAUGCGGUAAUAGGAGUGAUUGGAAAUGGAAGGGCAAGAGAGAGAAAAAGGGAGGUAAAGUGUGUUAUAGCGUAGAGGGAGUGGAGGAUGAUGAUGAUGAUGAUGCUGCUUGUGAACUCGUUAAUGGAAUGGAGCUUUCAAUUGGGGAACAACCUCAUCAUUCAAUCCCUGCAUAUCUCUUUAAGGCAGUCAAGAACAAUAAUGGAACUGCCAUUCUCCUCUUGUCCGAUCUCUUUGCCUUUCAACAUUCUUCCAUUAGAGACUUUGCUUAUCGUCUUGCUUGCAAUGGCUUCAAUGUCUUACUUCCAGAUUUAAUUCACGGAGAUUCAUGGAAGAAACAGUCUACAAAACGAGACAUGCAGAGGAUUGCAGAAGACAUAGGAACAGUAACAAAAUGGUUGGUCGACGAGUUUUCAGCAGCAGGCCUCUCGAGGAAGCUUGGGAUCAUGGGAUUUGGGUAUGGGGGAGGCCAAGUUAUAGAAGUUCUAGCACGAGAUGAGGGUGCCUGUUUCUGUAUUGGAGCCUCCCUCUAUGGUACUGAAGUAGAUCCAUCUCUUGCUACCAAAGUCAAGGUUCCUGUGUUACUCAUCUCAGGGGACAAUGAUCCACUUUGUCCAGUGAGUGUCAUGAAGGAUUUGGAGAAAAGGAUGGGAGAAGGUUCCAAGUUAGUGAUAUUUGGGGGAAGAGGCCAUGACUUUGUUCACAACCCUAGAUCUCCAGAAGAAGAUGAAGAUGCUGAGCAGGCUUUUCUAAUGAUAAGAAAUUGGCUGCAUCACGGAUUGGUUGCAACUAAUAUUUAGCUAACUACCAUAGCUAAUUUGGUAAUGAACGAAGUCAACCUGAUUCUGAUACCACUGCUACUAGGAUUCCAAAAUGCCCAAGACUGGGGCAUGCCCACUUAUACACAACUCAGCAAUAUGAUGCAGUCAUUGAUAAACACAUACUAUCAGUUGGGAUCCCUAUGAGUACGUAUUUUUCAGGCUAAAAAUUGCUUUUCAAUGAUCCA